GUAACCAUUUAUUUCAUUUCACUUUCUUCCUCUCUUCAGGCCCACACUUCCUUCCAUUUACAUACAUUCAUACAUUUCUCUCUUUAUUUUUGUUAUCAUUCAUUCAUGUCAACUUCAAAAUAAUGAUGAAUGAUGCAGAAGCAAGUGCUGGAUAUGUUGGUAACACUGCAAGUUCUCGACACCAACCUCGACACAAACGAUCCAACAGUGCUUCUGAUAGGAACUCGAAAUUCUCAAGAGGCGGUGGUGUUUUGCGUUCCAUAGGGAAAGACCAAGAUGAGUUUCUGGCCUCGCCACUUUCAGCAAGGGCUUCUAGGAUACAAACUCCAUUGCAUGACAACCACAAUUGUAUAAACAAGAAUGCUUCUUCAAAUCAUAGAGCAUCCUUGGAACAAGAUGUUGAGCAGCUACAGCUACACCUACAGAAGGAGAAAUCCAUGCGCAUCUUGCUCGAGAGAGCAAUGGGCCGAGCCUCAAGUACUUUAUCACCUGGACACAGACACUUUGCUUCUCAGACAAAAGACUUGAUUACUGAAAUUGAGUUGCUUGAAGAAGAGGUUACAAGCCGCGAACAGCAUGUUCUUGCUAUGUACAGGAAUAUUUUUGAACAGUGUGUUAGCCGGCCACCUUCUGAACAAAGUUCUAGUGUGGCUUCACCUGCUCAUUCAAAACAAGAAUCAAGGAAGCACCCAAGCAUAAUUUCAAGCGCUUUCUGUUCAUCAAAAAACUUCCCCUUGCGACCCCUGCAAGCUCUUAUUUCAAAUAACGAUUUGAAGAAUAGAAUCUUUGGAUCAAGUCAUGCUCCUUUAUCAAGUGGAAAAGACAAAGUUUAUUUUGGAAGGACUUGUCCCGAUUCCACCACCAAGGUUCACGAGAAGUUUUCUUCGAUUGAGAAAGCUCCUGUAUUGCGAGCUUUAAAAGACCAUCUACACCAGUGCCCAAGUAGGCUUUCUGAGGAGAUGAUGAAGUGUAUGGCAACUAUGUAUUGCUGGCUUCGUAGUGCAAAAUCUGUCAACGCUGAAAACAGUAGGUCACCAAUAUUGUCAAGGUCCUCCACCAAUGCCAUACAGCCUCGACACAGUAUUGUAGAGGAUCAAGACUGUUCUUGUAAAUCUGCAGUGGAAAUAUCUUGGAUAGCUACAAGAAAACGUCAUUCUUCUCAUGCUUCUUACGCCAUGGACAACUACAGAAUUCUAGUUGAACAGCUCGAAAGGGUGAAUAUCAGUCAAAUGGAAUGUGAUCGAAAAAUUGUGUUCUGGAUCAACGUUCAUAAUGCUCUUGUGAUGCAUGCACAUUUAGCAUAUGGAAUUCCCCAAAGCUCUCUAAGGAGGUUGGCCUUGUUUCACAAGGCUGCUUACAACAUUGGUGGUCAUAUUAUAAGUGCAAAUACCAUAGAGCAAGCAAUAUUUUGUUUCCGAACACCUCGCCUUGGACGGUGGCUUGAAAGUGUUGUGUCUGCUGCCCUUAGGAAGAAAAGUGGUGAAGAAAGACAACUCAUCAACUCAAAAUUUGGUAUUAUUGAUUCCCAACCCCUUGUCUGCUUUGCCCUUUGCACCGGAGCAUUGUCGGAUCCAAUGCUAAAAGUUUACACGGCUUCAAAUCUAAGAGAAGAGUUGGAUGCUGCCAAGAGAGAGUUUCUACAGGCAAAUGUAGUUGUGAAAAAGUCUAGUAAAGUUAUUCUCCCUAAAUUGGUGGAAAGAUUUUCUAGAGAAGCAUCAAUCAAUAUCGAUAAUAUCCUUGGAUGGAUGAUGGAAAAUGUUGACAAGAAAUUACAUGACUCGAUACAGAAGUGCAUUGAUCGUAAGUCGAACAAAAAGCCGUCUCAGAUCAUAGAAUGGCGACCUUACAGUUCAAAAUUCAGGUACAUGUUUUCCAAGGAUCUAAUAGACAAGCUAUGAUCUUAUUGUCCCUGGAGCAUAACUGGUUGGAGGAAGCUAGGAAGUUCAUUAUAUGUGCUUAAAGAAUUUUCGUGUACAUUAUAACAUAACAUGAUAUUUGUUUUCCUUAGAUAACGUUAACAUAAACUAUUUAAAAUCAUUCCUUAAUAUUUUGAUAUAUGUAUAAGUGCACCUAAUUAACAUGUAUGAAUAAAUUCUACUUUAACUUUGAAGCGGUAAGCUGUAUGCUUGUCUUGUGGCAUA